AUGCCUUACUGUGGAAUAUGCGAUCUGGGAUUCAUCUCAGAUGUAGCACUUGAAGGACAUAGAACAGAUAAAAAACAUCUAAGCCGAUCUGAAGAGUACCAGCGUCGAGUACUUGAAGCUGCACAUAAUGUACAUGUGACUGGUUUUUCACGCAACAUCUCACAUGAAGAUUUGAAUGCAUAUUUUUCAAAUUUUGGAAAAGUUUUAGAUGUUACUUAUAUUGACCAUAAUUCACGGUGGCCAUUUGCUUUUGUGAAAUUUGAAAAUCUCCUUGUAGCUUCCCAGGUUCUUCGAUAUAAACACCAUUGUUUAAAUGGACAUUUUUUACGUGUGCAACCAAAAAGAUUAAAGUUUCGGAACCCUAACCGGUUGGAGGUUUCAAACUUAUGUUCUGCUAACAUGGACAUCCCAAACCAAAUUGGCUGUCAACAGCAAAGUGGAUACCAGGGAAAAUCUCAUAAGAAGUUUAAAGAUGUGAAUUUCUUGGCACAAGAUUUCAAUGAGAUAUUUUCUAAUCUAAUAAAAAAACUUUCAAAAAUAAACACAAUAGCCGAACAAAUGAUAACGUUAUAUGAGGAAUUGAAACUUUCUGAUGAUGAUCUUACUCACCGAAUGGAAUUUUGUGAUUUACUUUAUACCAUACUGGAACCCUAUUUUCCUGGUUGUUCAGUUGUAUUGUUUGGAUCAUCUGUAAAUGGAUUUGGAGUAAAAGGCUGUGAUAUUGACAUCUUUUUGGAUAUCAGCCAUUUGAUGCCUUCAGAGUUACCACCAACAGAUGCUUCAAAUUCAGCCUUAAAGAAAUUGAUUCAAAAAGAUGCUUUGCCUAAUAAGAUGGGCUUAUGUAAUUCUUAUCUGAUGAAGUUUCUGUCCCAGUAUGAUAGCCGGAUACAGCCCUUUGUAUUUGCAAUCCGAAUGUGGGCCAAGAACAAGAAAAUUGCAAGUGUUGGAGGGACUCGCUUCUCUAGUUACUCUUUAACUUUGAUGAUACUUUUCUUUCUGCAAAACCUUGAACCUGCUGUGCUUCCUUCUAUACAAGAAGUAAUGGAUGCUUGCACCAAAGAAGAAGAAAUUAUGAUUGAUGGUUUUAGUUGUUCCUAUCCACAACGUCCAGCUCAUAAUGUGUUGCCUCUUAAUAAAAAUAAAGAUCUUCUUGGAGAUCUGUUGAAAAAGUUUUUUGAUUUCUUCUUACACCUUGACUAUGAAACAACAGUGAUAUCUCCUCGAACAGGAAAUCUUUUGUCAAGGUCAGAAAUUGAGAGCCAAGAAGAACUGAAAUCAUUUAGAAUGAGUCCUGUGUGUGUUCAAGAUCCAUAUCUUCUGGAACAUAAUACUUCAGCCAAUUACGACAUUAUUCUUGGCGCAACCGGAAAAAAGUGCGCCAAAAACUUCUUCCACAUUGGAAUGGAAGUGAUUUUGAGAUGGAGAAGAAAAUUAAACUAUGCUCAGGAUAUUGCUCAAGAAACAGAGUGA